AUGUUCUUCUUAUUCAGUGUCUUAUCUUUCAGCUACAGCGUAUGUCACAUUUGCCAGACAGUUUCGGAAGAAUUAACUAAAUCUCUUGCUCAUGGCCUUGAUGAAGCCCAAAUCAAACAAAAAGCUCAAACAAUGUGCAAGUCACUCGAUUCCUUAAAUGAUAUUUGUGACUUGGUUGUUGAUAAAUACGCUGGGAAGCUCUUAACUUCCCUCCGUAGCGGACAAACUCCCAUGGCAGCAUGCCUGUCUAUUAGCGCUUGCGAACAAUAUAGAGGAUAUCGUAGAUCUGGACGUGUUAGUAAGUCAUCAGAACAUAAUUCUCACCGCCGCUACCCAAAGCAUUAUGAGGUCAACGGACCUGAAUUCAAAACUGAGCCUGGACCAUCAUGGUCAUAUGCAUGGCAUGAAGAUAUCUAA